ACUCAUUGCACCUUCCUGCCACCCCGGGCAGUGUCUGGGCCCUCGACUCCCCUCCCUCCACCCACCCAACACACCCACCACCACCAGCCCACGGGAUACCCAGCCCCGACGGAGGAAACACCAAGCCUAGAGCCAUGGGAGUUCGAGGAGCCUUCCACCUUCUACUCGUGUGUCUGAGCCCAGCACUGCUGUCUGCUGUGAGGAUCAAUGGGGAUGGCCAGGAGGUCCUGUACCUAGCGGAAGGUGAUAACGUGAGGCUGGGCUGCCCUUACAUCUUGGACCCCGAGGACUAUGGUCCCAAUGGUUUGGACAUUGAGUGGAUGCAGGUCAACUCAGAUCCUUCUCACCGGGAGAAUGUGUUCCUGAGUUACCAGGACAAGAGGAUCAACCAUGGAAACCUUCCCCACCUGCAACAGAGGGUCCGCUUUGCAGCCUCAGACCCCAGCCAGUAUGAUGCCUCCAUCAACCUCAUGAACCUGCAGGUGUCUGACACAGCCACCUAUGAGUGCCGGGUGAAGAAGACCACCAUGGCUACCCGGAAGGUCAUUGUGACUGUCCAAGCACGUCCUGCAGUGCCCAUGUGCUGGACUGAGGGCCACAUGUCCAAAGGCAAUGAUGUGGUUUUGAAGUGCUUUGCCAAUGGAGGCUCCCAGCCCCUCUCCUACAAGUGGGCCAAGAUCAGUGGACACACUCAUCCCUACCGAGCCGGGUCUUACCACUCCCAGCACAGCUUCCACUCCGAGCUCUCCUACCAGGAAUCCUUCCACAGCUCCAUCAAUCAAGGCCUGAACAAUGGGGACCUGGUAUUGAAGGACAUCUCCAGAGAGGACAAUGGGCUGUAUCAGUGCACAGUGGCCAACCAUGUGGGCUACAGCGUCUGUGUGGUGGAAGUGAAGGUCUCAGACUCUCAGCGUGUGGGCAUGAUCAUCGGCGCCGUGCUAGGCUCCCUGCUCAUGCUGGCCUGCCUGGCCGUGGGCAUCUGGGGGCUCAUCUGUUGCUGCUGCGGGGGCGCCGGGGCUGGAGUCUCCCGUGGUGCCUUCGGCUACGGCAACGGCGGCGGGGUCGGCGGAGGGGCCUGCGGCGACUUGGCUAGUGAAAUCAGAGAGGACGCCUUGGCGCCCGGGUGCAAGGCCAGCGGGCGCGGCAGCCGCGUCACCCACCUCCUGGGGUACCCGACGCAGAACGUCAGCCGCUCCGUGCGCCGCAAGUACGCGCCUACACCCUGCGGCGGCCCCGAGGACGUGGCCCUGGCGCCCCGCACCGUCGCUGCCGCCUGCGAAGCGGGCCCCUCCCCGGUCUACGUCAAGGUCAAGAGCGCCGAGCCUGACGCCUGCGCCCAGGCGCCGCUGCCUUGCAAGGACGGUCUUUUGGUGUGAACUCACGCGCCGCGCCUCUCCGGGCUGCGUCCCGGCCGGGAGGAGGGUGCGGGGCUCCCUGCCCGCAGCUGGGGACACACGCGGGAAGGUGUCGACAGGGCUUGUCCCAGGCCGUCCGGCGGUUGGGGGCUGAAGACAUUACAUUUUCUUCGGGAAAUUCGUAGGAAGGCAGAGUCUCCUCCCCUAAAGUGGGAGGUGCCUGCAGAGGGUGGAGGAAGGCUGUCCGGUGCCCACUCUGCACCCUGAGGCCUGAAGCUCGGGGAGAAGGAGGGAGGAGAAAGAAGAGGUAGUGAGUGUCCCCAGCCCGGUGUCCCCAGUCACGGCAGAGGGCUCCGGGGGUUGGGUCGGGGUGGGGGUCUGCAUUAAGUUGUUGGCUGUGUGUGAGAUGUGAAGUCGGUUUGAGCUCCGAGGCAACCAUGUGAGCACAAUAAAGAAGCUUUGAGACUGGAGACAGAGGUGGUGGCCGUGCAUUCCAGGGAGGUUUGGGCGUGGAGGGCUCACCUGGAGAGUGGGAGAGGUUGCCCCGUUCCUGCAGCAGCCCAUGAAUCCCUGGGACUCAAAUGCUCCCAGCUGCCCCCUUCUCCUCAUCUCAUCUGCUUAAUCCUGACUUCUCUGUCUCUCCCAGGCCUGUGUUCCCCUCUGCACACAACCAGGUAGGGUUUGGAAGGCAGACUCUCCCAGACCUUCCAGCCCAGCCCUCCCUUUGGUGGAAAGGGGGUUAGCAUGUACUGAGCACCCACUGAAUGCUUGUUACCUUUUGGGAUGUUGUCUUUAUUCCUUAGUUAGGUUGCAUUUAUUCCCAUAGCACAGAGAAAGAGAGUGAGGUU